UGAAGCAAAGACAAUACCAGAUUUGGAGGAGCAGUUAUAUCAUAUAUAUAUAUUAUAUAUACAUAUAUUAUAUAAUUAUUAUGUGACAGUCGUGUGACACACUUAAGUCCGACUUCACUGUUUUACAACCUGCAGUGUUUAUAUGAAGCGGGGCUUCCAGGAGCGGAAGUCAGUCCUUUUCACCCACCAAUCACUUCAGCUUUCGUUUAGCUCAGACUUGAGUUCAUUUUGGGUCCUGUCUUAAAGAUGGUUCAAAACAAAAAAGAGUCCGAGGUUGACCAGCGGAUCUACGGUUACACCCGGACAGCCUCCGCCCUGCUGACCCACUGUAUCUGCGUCGUCUUCACUGUAUUUAUUUCAAUUUUGUCACGACCGGGCACCAGUUUGUUUUCCUGGCAUCCUUUCUUCAUGACACUGGCUUUCUCCUUCUUUAUGACAGAAGCCAUACUCGUCUUCUCUCCCCACGGCUCACCCAUCAAAAGUCUUCCACACAAGGUGAAAGGACGUAUUCACUGGGUCCUGCAGUGCCUGUGUGCGGCCUGUGCAGUGCUGGGCCUGGCAACUAUCUUUUUCAACAAACACCUGAACGGUAAACACCACUUCACGUCGUGGCACAGCCUGCUGGGUCUGCUCACGAUGUGUGUGGUUGGGUUACAGUCUUUGGCAGCUCUGCCUCUCAUGUACAAUUCCCUGGUCAAAGGCUGGUCGCUGGCCAAACUCAAGCGUUACCACGCAACGUCGGGACUUGUCACUUACCUGCUCGGCUGUGUCACUGUGCUCCUCGGUCUCUGCUCUGCCUGGUUCACCUCCUUGGUCGGAGGGUACACCUGGUACCUGUCAGUACUCUGCCCGGUUGUCAGCGCCCUCAUCAUCAUGAACCAAGUCACCAGUGCUUACGUGGCGAAGAAGCAGUUUCAGUCCUGACAGAAGUCACUUCAUUGAGAAAAAACAAAAACUGUCAGGUGUGCCAAAGAGAUUUUGUUGUUUUCAUUCACAAUUAUUUGCUUAAAAGUCAAACAAGGAGCAGAUUUUCUGCAGCUCCAUGCACAGCUGUCAUGUCAUUCCACAAAAAAAAGGUAGAAAAAAGGUGUAUCGUGAAAUAAUGUUUCCUUCAUUUCCCCUUUGUGCAAUAACACACAAUGUAAGUAUGGUUAAAUCACACAAAAACAAGUUUAAUUAGCAUUUUUUCCAUCUGAAAUUCAUGAUUGUUAAAGAGAACGCAGGGACUUAUCUGGACAAACUUAAGUUGUAUAGGGACAUACUGUAAAGUUAGGAUGUAUUUCAGCUUUCUGACAUUAAUUAUUACCAAUUAUGAUACCCGAGCAUUUUCAUGUGAAGGUAUUGCACUGAUAUAGCCUUGAGAUCCACUGAGGCUACUAUUAAGGAUGUUAUGUACGUUGUGUCGCCUUUCGAUUAAAAUCCAUUUGUAAAUUAA